AUGGAGCCCUCCACCACGACCGCACCUUCCGCUGCUGCCGUCCACUUGCCCGCCCGGUCGCUGGGGCCGUGGUGCCCUCUCCCCCCGCCCACGCCAACGGCCGUGGCGGCGGGCGGCAUCGCGCCGCAUCCGCACGCCCACGCCCUUCUCGCUGGCCUCUGCCCUUCUUGCACUCCCCCCACCUCCGGUUCGCUCCCGUCGGACGAGGCAGGUCUGGUGCUGGGCCGGCCAUCGGGGCUGGCUGCAGGCGAGCGGUGGGCCGUCCUUCUCUCGCCCUCCGCUCACGCCGAGGCCGCCGGCUGGGCGGAGGUGGCCCCCGUGCUGCGAGCCUCCGCCCGGCGCCUUCCUCCUGCCGCGCCGACGCCCUCCGCCUCCCGGCCCUACCGCGGCGAGGUGGAGCUGGUGCUGGAGCUCCUCGUCGCUGAUGGCCGCGAGGAGGGAGUGGUGCGGGAGGUGCGCCUGCCCGUCGUGCCGCGCGAGGUCACCGACGCCCCGACCGUGGCGGCCUCCGGCGAGGAGGAGGAGGAGGAGGAGGAGCUGCAGAAGGAGGCGGCAGCGGCGCCCAGCGGCCGCCACCGGCGGUGGUGGGGGUGCUGCCAGGCCGCCACCCACACCAUCGCCCUCCACGCACCUCCUGCCCACGCGGACGAGGACCAGGAGGAGGAGGCCGUGGGGCUGGUGCUGCUGCUGGCCUUUGCCGAUGACCGCGCCGCCUCCCACUUCAUGGACUACGUGUUCUACCUCCAGACGGUGGCGCCACCUGUGCCGGCGAACGAAGACGGACAGCCGGGAGGCGAAGAGGAGGAAGAAGAGGAGGAAGAAGCGGCGGAGCGGGAGGACUACGACGAAAAGUACACCUUCACCCAGACCGAGUACUGGGAAUGCUUCCACGAGGAGACGGGCCAGGAGUGCUUCGAGUGGUACUCGGCCGAGGAGCUGCAGCGCCACAGCAUCCUGCGCGUACUGGGCCGCUUCUUCGUGCCCGCCCUGGCCGCCGCCGCCGCCGCCGCCACGCCCGUCUACCGCGUGCUCGACGUCGGGGCCGGCACCUCCGAGUUGCCAUUCAACCUGUACGAGGCCCUAUCGGCCGAGUCGAAGCGCAUUGGGCGGCCCUUCCGCGUCGAGCUGUGGAGCGUCGACUUUGCUCGCACGGCUGUCGAGUUCCUGCGCGGGCAGAAAUGGAUCAGGCACGCCCAGCUGCGGGAGAAGUGCCCGCCGCCUGCCUCUGAGGACUGUGCACAGAUGCGGGCAGACGUGGAGGGAGGCUGGCCCUGCGUGGAAGUGUUUCAGCGGGUGAUGGACGCCACCAACCUUUCGUUCUUCCCCGACCACUACUUUGACAUGGUCACCGAGAAGGGUUGUCUGGACUGCUUUGUGAACGGAACUGGGCGGGCGCUGGUCCCCACGUACUUCCAGCAGAUCAAGCGGGUGCUGCGGCCCGAUGGCCACUUCCUCAUGAUCACCGUCUCCAACAUCGACCUCCCGCUCAUCCUCCAAACUGGAGGAGAGGUGGCGCAGAAGGCCGUCUUCCGCAAGAACCUGGUAGAACCGCACCUCGGCCCGGACGAGAUCAUCGCCGCCCGCCAGCUCCACUGCCGCGCUCCCGGCCGAUUUGUGGUGGAGGCGAUCAGGGCCAAGACCGAGCGCCACGCCGUGCUGUGCCGCCCCGCCACGCUGGACGACGAGGCCGACGCCGGAACGGAGGCGGAGAAGACGGUGGUGUGCGACGAGUGCGAGAGACGCUACCCGGCCGCCUCCACCCCCAAACGCUGCGGCACCUGCUCCACCCUCCUCCAGCGCUUCAUCGUCGGCGGCUGA